UAUAUUUACCUAAUAUGCUUACCACUUGAUUGUCUCAUUCAUCCACAAAUUGUUGGUUAGUAUAGUUACAGUUGAUUAUUUUUUGUACCAAAGGAAAGUAUAGUUUAAAUAUCAGAAACACUGGUUUCUUAAUUCAUCUUGUUUUGGCCAAAAAAGCUACGCGUUUCCAUUUCCUUUUUUUCAUUCAAAUUUCGUUAUUUUCCGGUGCUUUAUCGUUUCCAUUUCCUCAUUUCAUGUUGAACUGGAUUAAAAGCACCAUGAGUUAUACAGUUAUUGUUACAUUCACAUUAAUUUAUUCAACUUUAACCAUAGUUUCAUCUCAAUCGUUCAAUGAAAACUCCAAUUGGUUAAACAGUUUACAAAAUCCGCUAACUGGAUCGGUUAGCAGUCAACAAUCAGUUGAUCAACAGGGAAAUAAAGUGGUAUUUCUCAAAUAUGUUCCCAGUAUCAAGCCAUUGAAAGUGGCUGAUGGCUGGCAAUAUGAAAAUGGACCAAUACUUUAUGGUAAACGUGCAAGUGGAUCGCGAUUAUCUGAUUUACCACCUCCACCUCCUGGUUUCGUUGGUUCACGGGGUCGUAGAGCUGAAUUCAUUGCUAAUGAUAAUGAUAUUCGAAGUACAUUAAUCAACAAAAUGGCCAAAUCAAUGGGAAUCUCACCAUUACUAUUACUUGAUAGACUGCGUCAAAAUGAGAGUAAAAAGAAGGAUCUUUUACCUUAUAAAGACGCUUUCAUGGGAUCCAGAGGUUAAUCAAAUGUUCAACAUCAACGAUAAACAACAAAGGAGGUCAGUUAAUUGUCAAGGUAAGAAAAGUCAAGUCACCAUAUUUCAAUCAUAAUCAUAUUUAUUCGAUAUUAACAUUAAUGGAAUCAGCAUUGUAACAAAAACGCACACAAAACACAAACUCUAGAUUGAAACUCCCAAUAAGCUUGAAAAUAAAGUAAUUUUUCUCUCUCG